AUGGAGAGGAAGACAUCCGCUCGCCGAGGAAGCAUCGUAGUCGCUGCUGGGGAGAAGAGAGUCGUCGCGAGGGAGACAGGAGUUGUGUUUAGGGCACAGGUGCGCCCGGGCGUUUGUUAUGGGGUGGAUAAUGGGCGGGUUUUUGCGACUUUGGUCUACUGCAUUGUGCAGAUUAUCUUUCCUGUUAGUAGAAGAAAUUCUUCAGCUCCUGCUGCUCCACGGGUAAAACUGGUUUCUACUUCAGAAGUGAAGACCUUGUUCUCCGUAGAGGAUGUCAAACUUCCACCAUGGUUAGAUGGAAUGUGCUUGGCUGAAUACCUUCCUGCUAUAGAAGACAAUCUCAAAUUGCAGGUUGUGGAGGCAAUUGCAUCAAUUGGUGCUAGAAGACGUUUUAUUGAGGCAUUAUCUCCUCUGUUUGGAAGGCCACUAGAAGCUGAUCCGGUUUUGUGCAGGAGAGCUACUGUGCUUUGUGCCUCUGGGGCUUUUACAUUUUUGGUUCACUUUUCAAUUCCCACACAGUUCCCAAAGCAGCAACCGACAUUGGUAAUGCAAAGUUCUCAGCAUUUCAAUUCUCAAGGCACACCAAUAUCCUCGCCGCUGAUAAAUGAUUACCCUUGGAGUCCUAGAUGGGAUCCACCACAGAUGGCUGAGCGAAUCUUUGAAUUCUUGGUCGAUGAGUGUUUGAACUUUAAAAAGUUCUGCAUUGAUGCAAUUCCUCAGUAAACCUGCAUGACACUCGAAAGCUGCCAUUUGUUUCUUCCUAAGAUGAACUUGAACCAUGGGUCCAUAACAUGCAUCAGGAAGAAAUGGUCUCAGGAGAGCAUUAGAACAUCAAACACAGUGCCAAAGGUUGAGGUCUCAGAUGCACAUAAUUGUAGCAUGCAAUGAAUCCACUACCAUGUAACAAACAUCUACUCAUCAUUUCUGGCUUCCUAGUAAUGUAACAAUACUGUAAUACUAUCUUUGUGUGUGACAUUAAUUGAUCUUUGAUGAAAGAUAUUCUCUUUAUCA